AUGGCACCAAAUUCACCCGAAACGUCGUCGUUUUCGGAAUUGCUUGAUGCUGAAGUCUUGGAGGUUUUUCGUGGAAGCUACGAAGAUUUUACGGAAGUCCAGGUUCGAACUGGUCGCGAAUUACUCAGCCAUCAUGAUGUCGUCGUAGAAUCUCCAACUGGAUCUGGGAAAACACUUGCCUAUCUUUUGCCACUUUUCACUAUUCUUAAAAGAAGUGCAGCGUUGGCAAAACAUCAAUUUGGAGCAGUAAUCCUGUCUCCUUCUCGUGAGCUCUCAAUGCAGAUUGCAGCGGUGGCUACACCCUUUGCGACAAGAUUGAAUUACUCGAUCGUGGUCACUGUGGGUGGGAUAAAGCUAGAGAAGAAUUUGAAAAAGCUGAAAAAUGGGGGGAAUAUCCUGAUUGCGACUCCAGGUCGUUUGUUCCAGCUUCUAUCCAUAGACAAAAGUGGAAAUUUGCAGCGGUCUUUAAAAUCUGUUGAGGUACUCAUUGUAGACGAAGCGGAUCGAUUCAAUGAAUCUCAGUUCGAAGUACAUUUGAAGGAGAUACUAUUGGCAUUACCAAAACAACGACGCACGGGACUUUUCUCAGCUACCCAAGCGAAGGAGUUAACGGACUUCUUGAUGUUUGGGCUACGAAACAAAGCUUUCAUCAAAAUCAAAGAGUCUGCCAACCUUGUUUCUCCAUCGACUCUCAACAAUUUUUAUACUGUAUGUCAAACAGAGGAGAAGCUGAUCUGCUUGGUUGAAUUUAUUCGUAAUAAACCUGACAAGAAAUUUCUGGUUUUCCUACCCUCCUGUGGUGGGGUUUUAACGAGGGUGCUUACGAAACGCCCUUUAUGUGCUAUCCACGGACACAACUCUCCAAGCGAACGGUCUAAACAGAUCGAUCAGUUUUGCAAAAGCAACAAUGCAGUAAUGUUGUCAACCGAUGUGAUGUCGCGUGGUAUUGACGUUAAGGACAUAGAUUGGGUCAUUCAAUUUGAAAUACCCAAAUUGUCAAGUUGGUUUGUCCAUCGUUCUGGUCGUACAGCACGGUGCGGUCGUGAGGGAAAUGCCUUACUUAUACUUUCCACUGAGCAAUCUGCUUAUCCUAGCUACCUAUCCAAACAUGAACAGGUGGAGCUGAAGCAGAUAUCUGUGCCAACCAGCAGUGCCGUCAAAGCACAACAACUUCGCGAAAAGAUAAUCAAGAUCCUAUGCUCCGAUCGUGAAAUUCUCGAAGCUGGUACUCGAGCGUUCGUCUGCCACAUAGAAAGUUAUGUAAAACACGAUUGCAAUAUUGUUUGUGGUUUGAAAGAUCUCGAUGUACCUGGACUAGCGCACGCUUAUGGACUGCUUCGACUUCCAAAAAUGAGGGAGCUAAGUGGGCGUAAAGACUUGGAAAAGUUUAAGCGGAGUGAUAUUGACACGUCAACAAUAAAAUAUGCAAAUCCCACGUUAGAGAAGAAACGGGUAGAGAUUAUGUCCUAUAAGCACGAAAGGAAGGUCAAGGCGAUGAAGGAGAAGGCCAAGAAAACUAUCAAUAAAAGGUCUGCUGAGAAAGGAUUUAAAAAGAAUGCCGUGGCAAGGUCUAGUAACGAAAACAAGAAGUCGAAGGCUCUGAAAAGAAAACGAGAGGAGUUUGAAGGAAAGGAUGAUUUUGACAGUGACGUGAAAUUAUUACGGAAACUGAAAAAGGGUCGACUAAGCAAGAAGGAGUUACAAGAUGUCUCAUUCUAA